AUGUUGAAGCCGAUAAUUUCUAUGAAGACAUACAUACACAUGCAUUACUGUGACACAUCCAAUUAUGAUGCUGACAACCCACAUAACAUGCCUCGAACAGCGUCAGAGUUGGGUAAGAUGAAAGACGAAUAUGGUGGCAAGGUACUGUCUGCCUUUUAUGGUACAGGUCCUAAAGCAUACUGUAUCGAUGCUGUAGAUCAAGUGGCUAAACGAGCCAAAGGUAUAUCUAAGGCGAGUGUGAAACAUCAAUUACAUUUGUUACAUUAUAAGGAUAUUGUUGAGGAGAAACGGACAUUUGUGUACUGUACGAUUUAUGUAUUUAAAUCGGAGUCGCACAAUUUAUACACAAAUUAUAUAAGAAAAGUGGCAUUGAUCAGUAUGGAUGAUAAACGUUUCUUGAUACCAAACUCAACAAACACAUUAGCUUGGGGUCAUCAAGAUAUCACCUUUCAUAACACGUUGGACGAAGAGCGGUUGGACCUCUUGCUGCGCUUAAUGAACGAAGCCAGUGACUUGACUAGUGAUCAGAUGAAAUGA